UUUUGCAAUUUGAUGGUUUGAAUAUGAAACUUUCAAUCAGAAUAUUAACAAACAAACGAAACGAUGAUGCAAAUAGAAAACCUCGACAUUCAAACCAUCAAAUUGCUUUAAAAAACAAGUCAGCUGCUCUAUUGCUAAAACCUUGUACGCCUUGGAAAGGCAAAUCUUUUGUUUCCAAAGCGAAUUGAAUAACCUAUCAUUCUUGAUUGUUUUCGGCAACUAUUGUGAACUUCUGCAUUAUAUUAUUCUGGAGGUGAGUGGAAGUGAUUUAAAGGUUGAAAAGUUGUGAAAUAUCAAAAAAAUCUUAUUCAGCAUUUUGGAACAGAUAGCAUAAUGGGAAACGCACCAGUGAAGGAAGUAACGCAAGCGGCAGUCAAUAGUGUCACUGGAGCAGCACCACAACCGGCUGAGAAACCUAAAUGCAAGGCAUGUUGUGCUUGUCCGGAUACCAAGAAAGCGCGUGAUGCCUGCAUUGUUGAGCGUGGCGAGGAGAAUUGCACAUCAUUGAUUGAGGCACACAAACAAUGCAUGCGAGCGCAGGGCUUUAACAUAUAAAUAAACAAAUCCAAAUUUAUCAGUAAAAUUUUGAUUGUUGUCUAAGUCUUAACUAAUUUUAACAAUUUCGAAGUCGAGAAGUUGUCUGAGCAGCAAGUUCUGCCAGUCGAAAUAUUAAAUGUUAUUAUAUUUA